AUGGAGGCGGUGGCUGGGACCGGGGCGCAGGGGGGGCCAGCCGGGGGGGGCAAGAAGAAGAAGAUGACGAAGAAGCUGCAGCGCUACUGGGAAGGGGGCCCCCAGCCGGACCCCCCCGCAGCUGCCCCCCCCAAGGCCAAGAGGCGUCGUCGCAAUGAGAAGACCAGGCCAAGGGCUGGGGCAAAGGGGAGCCUGGAGGGCAGGAAGGGGCCGCGGGCGUCAGAGGCCGCAGGCCGGAUCUCUGGGAAGAGGGACCCGUUCCCCGGCGCCGCCCCCCUCCCUCACCACAAGGUGAAGAAAUUCCAGCGGGGCCAGAAAUCGCAGCUGGCAGGGGCAUCCAGCCGGCGGCUCCGGGACCAUCUGGCCUCGCUGGAGCAGAAGGUAGAGCUGGCAGCGCAGCAGGCAGCACGCAUGGAGCUGCUGCUGCCCGAGGAGCCAGGGUUCCUGGAGGGGGACCCCGGCGAGGACACCUGCACCAUCGCCCAGGCCGACAUUGCAGAGGCUGCCGACAUCGCCAGCGCCACCAAGCACUUUGAGCUGACGCUGAACCAGUUUGGCCCCUACAGAAUGGAUUAUACCCGACCUGGCCGGCACCUGCUGCUGGGGGGCCGGCGGGGCCACGUGGCAGCCCUGGACUGGCAAACCAAGUCACUGCUGUGUGAGAUCAAUGUCAUGGAGACGGUCACUGACGUCACGUGGCUGCACACGGAGACUAUGUUUGCGGUGGCCCAGCGGCGCUGGCUGUACGUCUACGACAACCAGGGCGUGGAGCUGAACUGCCUGAAGCGCUUCAACGGGGUCCUGCGCAUGGAGUUCCUGCCCUACCACUUCCUGCUGGCCACCGCGAGCGAGACGGGGUUCCUGCAGUACCUGGACAUCUCGGUGGGGAAGGAAGUUGCCACCAUCUGCACCCGGGGGGGGCGCCUGGGCGUGAUGGGGCAGAACCCAGCCAAUGCCAUCGUCCACCUGGGACACAGCAAUGGCACGGUGACCCUGUGGAGCCCUAACGUCAAGGAACCCCUGGUGCGGAUGUUGUGCCACCAAGGGGGGGUCCGGGCCGUGGCCGUCGACAGCUCCGGAACGUACAUGGCGACGUCGGGGCUGGACCGGAAGCUGCGUGUCUACGACCUCCGGGCGUAUCAGCCCCUGCAGUCGCUGGUGCUGCCCGUGGGCGCCGGGCACCUGAGCUUCAGCCAGCGGGGGCUGCUGGCGGCCGCCUGCGGGGACGUGGUGCAGGUGUACCGGGACGUGCCCGUGCAGCCACCUCACAAGCCCUACCUGUCGCACACGCUGCACCGGGCGGCCCACGGCCUGCGCUUCUGCCCCUUCGAGGAUGUGCUGGGCGUAGGGCACGGCAGCGGCUUCACCAGCCUGCUGGUGCCAGGUGCUGGACAGGCGAAUUUUGAUGCUCUGGAGAACAACCCGUUCCGGAGCCGGAAGCAGCGGCAGGAGUGGGAGGUCAAGGCCCUGCUGGAGAAGAUCCCGUCGGAGCUGAUCACGCUGGACCCGGGGCAGCUGGGCCGGGUGGACGCCAUCACCAUGGAGCAGAAGCACCAGGAGCGAGUGGAGCGGCUGGGCUUCGACCCCCAGGCCAAGCCGGCGUUCCAGCCGCGCCGGAAGCUGAAGGGACGCAGCUCAGCUGGGAGCCUCCUGCGGCGCAAGAAGAAGGUGGCGAACGAGGAGCAGCGGACCAAGAUCCGGAAGAGCCUGGAGCAGCAGCAGGCGAUGGAGCGAGAACCGAAGGCGGCACCCCGGGCUCAGAGGCCGGCGCUGGAUCGGUUCAAGAAAUAG